UGGGUAAGAGCGGCCCCGCGCCUGCGCGAUCUGCUCUUGCCAUCUUUCCCGCAAACACGUCUCGUCGCAUCUGCUCCCAGCCCGUCGCCUCGUUCUGAUUUCCGCCGAGUCCGUACUCGUUCGACAGCCCAGAAGCAACGCCACCUUUCUGUCGCGAAGACCAACAUAGAAGAAAUGGCCCCGAAGACUGCUACCACCAAGAAGGCCGGCGCCCCGCCCGCGCAUGCCUCCUACCAAGGUAUGUGCCAGCACGUUUCGCCGCAAUGCGUGUAUCUGUGUUCCUGCGCGCGCCCGUCGUCCUCGUUUGCGCAAUUUGCUGACCUUGGCCUGAAGAUAUGAUCAAGGAUGCCAUCAUGAAGGUGAGUUCGGUCUUCCGGCGCAUUACGUGUUGUUCGACGGUCGCAUGACCAGCAAGUUCCAACAACAACGGAGCGCCCCUCAACAUGAGAUUGCAAAAGCCGUGUGCUGACCUCUUUUUGCUCUGUGCAGCUCAAGGAGCGAAAUGGUAGCAGGUACGUACGCGAUUCGUCUUGAAUCGGCUAAAGUCCAGCCCCUUUGGCCUCUCCCACGCUCUUUCAAGUUCGUUUUGCUGACCAGAGCUUUUAGCCGCCAGGCCAUCAAGAAGUAUGUCAGGGCCAACAACAAUCUUGGAAACACCACCGACAAUGCCUUCACUGCGCAUGUCAACAAGGCCCUCAAAUCCGGCGUUGAGGCUGGUAUUUUCGAGCAGCCAAAGGGUGCAUCCGGCCCAGUGAAGCUCAAGAAGCCGAGCGAGAAGAAGGCUGCCGCUCCAGCUUCCAAGGCUGCCAAGCCAAAGUCAGAGAAGAAGGCUGCUGCCCCCAAGAAGGCUGCCACCGGCGAAAAGAAGGCUGCGCCGAAGAAGCCGACCACCAAGAAGGAGCCUGCUGCUAAGAAGACCGAAACCAAGGCCGCUCCAAAGAAGGCUGCCCCCAAGAAGGCGGCAGCGCCCAAGAACGAACCCGCCGUCAAGGAGAAGAAGCCCGAAGCGAUUGGAAAGACCAAGACUGGACGCGUUGUCAAGAGUUCAAAGCCAGCGACCGCCAAGGCGAUAACAAAGAAGGCAGCGCCAAAGAAGGAGGCAGCGCCGAAGAAGACCACGCCCAAGAAGUCGACACCAAAGAAAGCCUAGAUCACGUGAUGGUGAUGUCAAGUCACUAAAUUAACGACGAGUUCAUGUGGCGGCGGCGGCGUUAUGGAGGGCCGAAAUGAUAUCCUGUUGGGAUGAUACUGGGCAUGCGUGUAUAAAUUAUGACGGGAUGGUGUUUUUUUGGCGUUCUCGGUCUUGACAUGACUGCUGCGAGCGUUGGGUAUUCACAGCGCAAGUAGCAUCGAAUUUAAUGUUUUGGAAAAUCGCCUUGAGAACCCUUCGAAA